AUGGAUUAAACACAUACUUAAAAAUUUCACAAUUGUACCUAGCAUUCAAGUAAGAAAUUAAAAUUUAUUCAAGUAAAUCAAGUCAAAAGCGGGGCUGAAUAAAAUCUGUUCUAUUGCACAGAUUGUAUCAACGAAGAUUUAAACUUUUAAGGAAAAAAUUACAUCCUAAUUGAUCAAAUUAUCUAAUAGGGUGAAAAUAGCAUUGUCUAAAAGUGGCCACCUGUUAAUGAUUACUCAGUAAUCGAAAAACUAAUUAAGGAAACUUCUAAGUUCGAUUAGUCAAAGCAUAUUAUAUAAAGAGUUAUUAAUUACUUCACAGAACUCAAGGACGAAAUUAUCAGAAAAAUUGAUCUUUGUUAAAAAAAAAUGAUUCAUCAAAUUCAAGAUUUGCCAUUUGGAAAAAGCUAAAUUAUCAACCAAUAUCAAUAGAUAUCACAAAUUUUAGAGCUUAGAUCAUUGAUAAAUGAGUGCAAAGAAGAUAAAACAUUUUAAUAAGACCCAACAUAAGAAAAAUUAAAAAAUUUCAUUACAUAAGUAGAAUAAAAAAAAGAUUAAAAUAUUAAGCAGUUACAAUAAUUGCUUGAUUAGAGUGUUAAAUAGCAAUAUUUAAUUAAUUUUGAUUUGCCUAAUAAGAUUAAAGAAUAAAUCUUCUCUUUUGUCGAUCAAAUAAAUUUCUUAAAUCAUAGUAUUUUAAAUAAGAAUGAUCAUAUUGAUAAUCAGAGUAAAUCAACUUAUUUUACUACAAAAAUAAUGCAAUUGAUUUCUAAUAAAUCUAACUUUUGCACAAACGAAUUUUUAAAUUAAGUUAAAUAAAAAUUAGAAUAAGUAAGUGCUUUGAUAGAAGAUAUUCCUACAUAAAACAUGUUCAUUUAAGGGAAAAAGCCAAUAGAGUUUGAAAAGUUAACAGAUGAAAAAUUGAAUUAAAUGAAUGAAUUUGUUUAACAUUAAAUUGAGCUACAAAUCGACAGCAAUUAUCAAAAAGAGAUCUAAUAAUCUAAAUUUAUCAAAGAUAUUUAAAAAAUAAUGGAGAACAAACUAAAUUUCAUUAAUUUAACUUAAUAAAAAAGAAUAAUCAAUCAUUUGAUAGAAACUUAUCCUUAUUUAAAAAAAAGCUUAAACACUUAAGUAUUUUAUUAAUUCGAAAAAUUUGAUUUGUUUAAUAAAAUAGAUGAAGAUAUGAUUAAUAAUCUCUUUUUCUUACUCAAAAAAAAGUAAGAGAUCAGAAAUUCUAUGAAUACUAGUCAAACAUAUAUUAUUUCAAAUUACACAGAACUUAAAUAAUUUAAAAAAUAAGAUUUUGAUUUAAUUUUUAAAUAAUUUCCAAUUUUUGAUUUAAUUCCUAUAAAAGAAAUAAGCAUCUUAAAUAAUUUAGAAUUCUUAAAAGGUACUUUUAAUGACGGCGAUUAAAGGAUUUAGAUUUUAAAAAAUAAUUUAAAUUAGUAUGAAAUAACAAUAAAUAAUGAACAUUAUACUGGAGAAAAAAGUUAAGAUUUUGCUAACUGCAUGUCAAAUGUGAUUUUAGAAAAAGAUAAAAAAUAUUUAUUUAGAAUAUAAUUAAAAAAUAUCGAAGCCUCAAAAAGGUGUUUUCAAAUUGGAAUUAUGGAAUAAAAAAAUUUAAAUACUUAAGAAGGAUACAAAGAUUUAAAAUUUGUUGAGCUUUAAUGGGAAAAUAAAUAAUUAAAACUUAAAUGUAAUCUAUUUAACAACUAUUUAAAGGGAGAAGACACAGACUUACCUGAAAGUACAAUAAUAGAAUUAAGAGUUUGGCUAAAUGGUAAAGUACUAUAAAUAACAGACUACCCAAAAAACAAUUACAUUGUUUCAAUUAAAAAUUAAGUAUUAGAAAAUCUUUAAAAUUUAGAAAAACCGUCAUUUUUUGUUCAGUUAUACGAUUAAUUAGGUUCAUAUAUUAUAAAAGAGGCUUUAAUCGUUAAAAAUUUUGAUGAUUGA